GGGCCGAGAUCUCGAGGACCCCGUUGUCGACCGUGCCAAACCGGUCCUUGAACUGAUUCUGACCGUAGAACGACGUGGUCUGGUGGGGUCAGUAGUCAUGCCCACGAGGCCAUGGGACGGCAUCGUGGUGCACAUGGAGCUGGGGCUUGGACAUGUCGACUAUCCUGGUUGCAGGCGCUGGGGAUGCAGCGGGGAUCGUCCUGCAGGAUGGAUCUCAACGAUGCGGGGGAUUUGCGGGGUAAUUAUAAGCAUCCGAUCGUCUGCACGAUGCUAUGAUCCUUCCCCACGACGAGCCCCUGGUCUGUCAGGCUACGUGCUGCGAGGCAGGACUCGCCACAGCCGACCUCUCCGAGGCGAGGAACUCCGGUUGCCGACGCUUGACAUUCCGAGGAAUAUCAAGCCUCAUGUGGUUGCGGUCCGUUCCACCCCCUCCGUCCUACCCAGCAGCAUUGUCCGCACCAUGGCCCGCCUAUCGACGAACCUCCACGACGUAUGUCUAUGUCGGCAGCUUUGUUAUGCCCCACCCGGCCAAGCAUGAGGGUCUCCAUGUGCUCCGCAUUGAGCCCGAGACCGGGGCUCUGGUUCGCGUCGCGUCGCACGUCCCGGGGUUGAAGGUGGGCAGUUUGGCUGUGGAUCAUCGGCGCGGCGUCCUGUACGCUACGGACGAGGUGGCCAACGCUGGCCAGGUGUAUGCCUUCUCGAUCGAUUGCCCGACAGGAGACCUGACUGAGCUGGGCCACUGGCCCAGCUACGGCACCCAGCCGGCGGGCAUUGCGGGCGACGCCCAAUCCGGCUACCACAUGGAGCAGCGAUACGACGAUGCCACCACGGUGCUGUUCCCCCUCGAUGCGGCGGGUUGUCUCGGACCGCCCUGCGACGUGUACGUCCACGCUGUCCCUGGCUCCCUGGCGCCGCCCUCGUGUCUGCACUCGGUGUCUUCGUCUCCCGACGGAACCUUCCUCAUCGAGGGCGAUAUGGAGAAGGACCAGCUGGUGACCCUGGUGGUCGACACGGCUGCGCGGUCCCGGCGUCGACAAGGGAUCUGGGAUGCGCCUCGUGGCAGCGGGCCCCGGUAUUCGGCCUUCCACCCGACCCUGCCCGUGUUCUACAUCAACUAUGAGUACCGCCCGGUCCUCGAGAUCUUCGCCUACCGCGUGGGUGGGGAGUUGGAGUCGACCGGGACCGUGGAUGUUCUCCCGGAGGACCUGCCGAGCGGCCCGGGCGUGCCGUCAGUCCCGAUGGCCGGUUCCUCUACCUCGCCGUGUCCGUGAGCAACGAGGUGCAGGUGUGGGCGAUUGGCGCUGAUGGGGUGCUCGUGCGGACCGGACACACAGCUGCCAUCCCGCGGCCGAGCGCGGUCAUCACAGGGGAUCAGCCGGGGAGUUGAGAAUCGAAAGAAUUCGGGUGGAAUUCGAUGU